CACGCAGCUGUCAUAUUCGUCCAAGAGGUUGAGGACUUCAAGUCUGAAGCUUUCGAGCUAAAUAUUUUUGCUCUUCCUGCCGUCAAGUGCCCGGUCUGACAAACAGUAUGGCCCGUGGACACCAGAAGAUCCAGUCCCAGCAAAAAAAUGCCAAGAAACAAGCUGAACUCAAAAAGUCGAAGGGACACGAUCAAAAGACGGCAGCAAAGGCAGCACUAGUGUUCACCUGUGGCGUAUGCAGGUCGCAAAUGCCCGAUCCGAAAACCUUUAAGCAACAUUUUGAGAGCAAACACCCUAAGUCUCCCCUUCCCCCAGAGCUGGAAGGGGUGGAGGCGUGAGGAAGACCACCAGACCCGAUACCAGCACGACGACCAAGCUGCCCUUGGAUAAAAGACUGUAAACACUGGACAUGCCUCUCUCUCUCUCUCUCUCUCUCUCUCUCUCUCUCUCUCCCUCUCUCUCCCUCUCUCUCUCUCUCUCUCACACACACACACACACACACUGUUUUGGUUCAGGACAAACCCACGGCCUUGAUGAAAAUCAGCAAAAUGUUUUUACCUCAAUCUACACUCACAUGCUGUCUUUAUGUGAUCAUGAGCUCUCUGGUAUUACUAAUUAAGAAAUAGGAGCAGUUCAAGCAGAAUCCAUUAAACGAAUAUACAAUCACUGAAUUAUGAUUGAGCACAUGUUUAUUCUGAAGGUAGCUAAAAUAAGCAAUCAUGGGGAGAAUUGAAAUUUUCUAUAAAAAAAUUUGAAUGAUGUACUUGUGAAAGAUAUGUUAAGAGUCUCCUGUGGAUUUUAUUUUAUUAAUCUGUUGUUAGAUGAGAAAAAAAUUGGAUAUUUUCAUGUAUUUCUUUGGGCUCACUGGAUUUAAGUGAAUGUAGUCUUCAGUUUCUCUUAAUUUCGCUUAAAGAAAAUUAAUUGAAAUGUGAAACAUCUCAUUGCAUAAAAUGCUCCUGCUUGACCUGAUAUGAACAUCAAUGUAAUAUAACAUUUUAAUAAAGUUUAGCUUUGUUUAA